CGGCGAGCGGCGGGUGGCGGCGGGCGGCGAUGGGCACGGCGGCCGUGCACCUCCUGCUGCUGCUGGGGCUGCUGCACGCCGGGCCCGGCGGCGAGGGCAGGAAGGGCUGGCGGCGGCGGGGCCCGGCGGCCCGCGAGCGCGGCGAGGCGGCGGCGGCCGCGGCCGAGAGCUUCCCGCUGGACUUCACCGCCGUGGAGGGCAACAUGGACAGCUUCAUGGCGCAGGUCAAGAGCCUGGCGCAGUCGCUGUACCCCUGCUCGGCCCAGGCGCUGCCGCACGACCUGCGCCUGCACCUCCUGCACAACGCCUCGGUCACCUGCAACGACGGCAGCCCGGCCGGCUACUACCUCAAGGAGUCCAAGGGCAGUCGGCGGUGGCUGCUCUUCCUGGAAGGAGGGUGGUACUGCUUCAACAGGGAGAACUGCGACACCCGCUACGACACCAUGCGGAGGCUCAUGAGCUCCAGGGAGUGGCCCGCGACCCGAGUGGGAACCGGGAUCCUGUCAUCACAGCCAGAAGAAAAUCCCCACUGGUGGAAUGCAAACAUGGUAUUCAUCCCUUAUUGCUCAAGUGAUGUUUGGAGCGGUGCCUCUUCCAAGUCUGAGAAAAAUGAAUAUGCCUUCAUGGGAGCACUGAUCAUUCAGGAGGUUAUAAAGGAGCUGGUGGGAAAAGGUCUUAGCACUGCAAAAGUGUUGCUGCUAGCAGGGAGCAGUGCUGGAGGGACAGGAGUGCUCCUGAAUGUGGAUCGAGUGGCAGAGCAGCUGGAGGAGAUGGGUUAUCAAGGGAUUCAGGUUCGAGGCUUGGCAGACUCUGGAUGGUUCCUGGAUAAUAAACAGUAUCGCAGAACUGACUGUAUUGAUACCAUAACAUGUGCUCCAACGGAAGCCAUCAGAAGAGGAAUAAGAUAUUGGAAUGGUAUUGUUCCUGAACGCUGUAAGCUGCAGUUUAAAGAGGGAGAGGAAUGGAAUUGCUUUUUUGGAUAUAAGAUUUACCCCACUCUUCGAUGUCCAGUCUUUGUUGUCCAGUGGCUCUUUGAUGAGGCCCAACUUACUGUAGACAAUGUACACCUCACUGGCCAGCCUGUUCAGGAAGGGCAGUGGCUCUACAUCCAGAAUCUGGGUAGGGAGCUGAGAAACACCUUAAAGGAUGUGACCGCUAGCUUUGCUCCUGCCUGUUUGUCUCAUGAGAUCAUUACACGCAAUCACUGGACAGACAUCCAGGUGAAGGGGACAUCAUUACCCCGUGCCCUGCAUUGUUGGGAUCGGAGCCUACAUGAGAGCAACAAAAAUGGGAAGGCCCCUCUGAAAGGCUGCCCAAUUCAUCUGAUUGACAGCUGUCCAUGGCCUCACUGCAACCCCUCGUGCCCCACUAUCAGGGACCAGUUCACAGGGCAGGAGAUGAAUGUGAUCCAGUUCCUCAUGCACAUGGGUUUUGAUGUUCAGAAGAUGGCACAGCAACAGGGCCUGGAGCCCAGUAAACUUCUGGGGAUGCUCAGCAGUGGUAACUAGGAAGGGGUCUUCAGAGGGGCAGAGAGAUUAGAUCAGGAGGAGACUCUAAGCCCUUCUCCCACACUUUCUAAUCUUCUUCCUUACGCUCAUGCAGGCAGAUGCACGCUCACACCCAUGCAUGCUCAAACCUGUACACGCCCACGUGCUCCCACACUCUUGCACACUUAGGAUGUGUCAAGGAAAAAAAAAGGCAAUUUCUUACUUACACUAUUUGACUGGAACUCGUUACCUCCAAACUCCAGGGCUCAGUUUUGGCCAUUCACAUCACGUUCCUGUGUUACACAAGGCAAUCUGAUACAAGGAGUAGGAAAGCCAUAAAUAGCAGCAAUGAGAACCUUCCCCAGGUCUAGGACUUCUUCCCUUGCCAUGAAUUUUACGUCAUGGACUUGAUACAAGUGGUGAAAAAAGCAAGCACUGGAUUUCUUUUGUCCAACUAGAAGUGAAGGAAUGAUUACAUGACUUCCUGGAGGUCAGCAUCUCAUGAUAAGUCAUAACAUACAAACCCAGGACAUGUGCUAGGGAUGGACACUCUUGUACUCAAUUUACUUUCGUAUUAUUUUAUAAAAUGACUUUUUUAUUGCUUUUUUUUUAAACUAAGCAAGAAAUAUAAAUGAUAUUGUUUUGUAACAUAUUUUUUUUAAAUAACGAAGAAACCUCUUGCUACUUUGGCAACGUGGACAUAUUUAUUUUAAUAUGUAAAAUGCUAUUUAUAAGGGCUGACCAGAGAACCAUACAUAUGUCUUUGUAAAGUUGUAUAUGCUGCUCAUUUGGAUGGGUUAUCCUUAUGAUCACUUGUGCCUGGGAGAGGGCUGAGGGUGGUAUUGAUAUUUUGUAUUAAUUAGACUUCUGCGUUCCCCUUGCAGUAUGCUUUGUCAUUGUUUCUCUGAUGAAGAGGUUGUAAUAUGAGGUCUAAGUACAGAGAUUUUCACCCAGCA